AUGAGCAGCACCGACCUGGAGCGCAUGUCUCUCGGCUCCUCGGCCAACUCGGUGGCCUCCAGCUCUCGGACGUUGUCGGCCAACGUGAGGAAGCUGCACAACGCUCUCAACCUGCUGCUGAACGACUACGAGAGGGAGCAGUUCAUCCACUGCCUCAACGUGUACCACUCCAAACGCAACGUGUACGACCUGGUCCAGACCCUCCACGUCAUCCUCAAUGCGCCCAGCAAGAGGCAACUUCUGCCCAUGCUGCGGCUGGUCAUCCCUCGCUCGGACCAGCUGCUGUUCGAGCAGUACACCUCGGAGGGCCUCUACUUAAAGUCGGAUUUAGUGGCAACAAGCAAUGGAAACGCAGACUUCCCCGGUGCCAGCCCGCCGAGCAUCCCUCCAGAGUUCCAGGUGUCGUUGCGAGGCUCUCCGGACAGCUUCAGCACCAGCAGCGAGGGGACAGCUCCUCUGGGGACAGCUCCUCUGGUGCCUCUGCUCGGGAGGGACUUUGUCCACGAACCGCCUGGAGAGAUACGCCAGGUCUCCAUGAAGCGACACAAGAGCAACGAGGGCCUGGGCUUCAGCAUCCGAGGAGGCUCCGAGCAUGGGGUCGGCAUCUACGUGUCCCUGGUGGAGCCCGGGAGCCUGGCCGAGAAAGAGGGUCUCCGAAUCGGGGACCAGAUCAUGAAAGUCAACGAGAAAGUGUUCGAGAAAGUCACUCAUGCUGAAGCAGUGAAGGUGCUUAAGGGCAGUAAAAAGCUUUGCCUCUCUGUGCGUUCAGUCGGGCGGAUUCCAGGUGGCUAUGUUACCAACCAUGUUUAUACCUGGGUUGACCCUCAGGGUCGGAGUGUGUCCCCUCCUCCUGACCUGCCUGAGCAUCGGAGCGCCACGCUGAGAAGAACUGACAGCCAGCGACGCAGCAACAUGCAGCUACUGCAGGAGGGAGACGAGAAGAAGGUCAACUUGGUUUUGGAUGACGGCCGCUCCCUGGGUCUGAUGAUCCGAGGGGGAGCAGAAUAUGCUCUGGGUAUUUACAUCACCGGAGCGGACCAGGGAUCAGCAGCAGAGUGUGGAGGACUCAAGGUAGGAGACCAGAUCUUGGAGGUGAAUGGCCGCAGCUUUCUGAGCAUCCCGCACGACGAAGCCGUUAGAGUCCUGAAGUCGUCACAGCACCUGAUGAUGACGGUGAAAGACGUGGGCCGCCUGCCGCACGCCAGGACAGUGGUGGGGGAGACCAAGUGGAUCGCCAGCUCGCAGAUCGGAGAGAGCUCAGCCAACAGCAGCAUGGCAGGAUUCUCAAUGGACAAAGGAGCCUCUGCAGCAGGAAAGCCUGGGUUUUACAAAGGCGUGGCGGGCUCACAGGUGACCCUGUCCAGCCUGGUGAACCAGUCGCGGGCCAUGCUGGAGGAGCAGGCGCGCCACUUGCUGACGGAGGCAGAGCGGCAGACCAUGGGCUACUACGUGGAGGAGUACCGGGACGGACACAUCGGGGUGGAGCAGCUAGUCGUGGCGCUGUUUGAGCUGCUCAACACGCACGCAAAGUUCUCUCUGCUGUCAGAGGUGCGAGGCCUGGUCACCCCACAGGACCUGGAGCACUUUGACGGGCUGGUGCUGAGACGGGAAAUUCAGGCCCUAAAAGCGCGACAGGGGACAGCUGGAGCCACGGCGCAUCCAGACUCCAUGUCCAUGGUGUCAUACCCAGACACCCUGACCUCGUCUUCAGCCAGCUUCAUGACCAACACCACCCUCAGCUCUGCGCGGAACAACAGCGUGGUGGAGAGUAAUGAGGAGGGUCCUCCGGAGAGUCUGAACCCGCUGCUGACCGACAUCUCUCUGGACGACGUACAGUCCACCACAGCUGAAUCCCCCCCCUCCUUCAAGCCUCCGCCCCCACCAGGGGUGCAGAGGCGCCCAACUAGACGAGAUCAGCUCAACAAAUGCCCCUCGUCCGAAUCCUCCCACUCAGGCCUGUACUUCACAGCCCCGGCCUCUCACAACCACAGCAAAGAGCCAGGACACGUCCCUGCCUCGCACCACAAACGAGAACAUCCCCGGGACCCGUCUCGGGACUACGCGGUGGUCAGAAAGAGAGAUCCCUCGGUACCUUCAAAGAGAGAACAGAUAACAGCUGCUCAGUUGUCCAUGGUCUCACAGCACAACAUCGGCCCUUUCCCCAGGGUCCAGUCCCCCAACAGAGGCACAAAACCUGCAGCCCGGUCCCCUUCACCUCCACCUCCACCUCCACUCCCUGCUCCUCCCCCUCCCCCUACUCUUCCCCUUAAAACAGUGUCCAUGUCCAAAGCCUCCCCCUCCUCUCCCGGCUCUAAACAGCAGUUUGUAACAGUGGAGGUUCACAGGCACAACGCAGAGCCCGACUUCAACGAGGUGCGGCCGCUGCCCCAAGCCCGAGGUGGCGCCCUGUCUCAGCUGUCAGACAGCGGCCAGACCCUCAGUGAGGACAGCGGGGUGGACAUAGCUGAGUCAGGACACAUCAGCAAAGACAGCAGCCCCCAUUCCGCACGCACACGCCACCCCCGAGACACCCAGGGGGGUGGGGGGGGAAACCCCUCCAAACCGCCGGGGUUGUUGGAGCCCACCUCUACACUAGUGAGGGUGGCAAAGAGUGCCAGCACUCUGGGUAUUGCCAUUGAAGGUGGUGCCAACACCCGCCAGCCGCUGCCACGAAUUGUCACAAUACAGAGAGGGGGUUCGGCUCAUAACUGCGGCCAGCUGAAGGUGGGUCAGGUGAUCCUGGAGGUAAACGGGGUUUCCAUGAGGGGCCGCGAGCACAGGGACGCCGCACGCCUCAUCGCCGAGGCCUUCAAGACCAAAGAGAGGGACCACGUGGACUUCCUGGUGACCGACUUCAAUGUGGCGCUAUAG